UCCGUCUGCUCACUUGGAGUGGAAAUGGACGUUUACUUGCACGGUGGUACCGCGCGCGGCGUUUUCGUGCCCACGUGUGGGCGUGAUAUUGAAAGACAGGUAGUAUGGAGCCGGUGUCGGCCUUCUCGGUGCACGCGGGGCAGCGUGGGAACGCAGAACAAUUGCCGAGCAGAAAGAAGAAGAAAGACAAUUCACAGAAAGCUUACAGUAGAAGGAGAAAGCAGAAAGAUGUCAAACAAAGCGCGAACCAGCAGAGGCGACGCAAAGAGAGGACGAAAGCUGCAAGAAAGUCGAACGAUACCAGCAACGCGGUGAAAUUAGACAAGCCAAAUAGCACCUCAAGUGCUGUGCUUAGAAAAUUGAAGUUGAAAUUAAAAGCCAAGAAGGAACGGAAGAUGAAGGAAUGGAAGAAGAAGAAGAAGUCCGGCAAGGGAGAAGCUAUUCAGAUGACUGAGGUGCAAUCAGUAAAUGUCAAGACAAAGAACAGUGAGAGCGAUUCAAAUAACAUGGAUACAAAUGAUUCCGUUAAUGCAAAUGAGUUGAACGUAGACUACGUCAGUGCUCACGAUCCCGUGGAAAACAGUCGACAAUUAUUGGGUUGGCUGUUACAUCCUAUAGAUAUAAAAAUCUUCUUCAAAGAUAAUUGGGAGAAGACUCCUGUGUACGUGAAGAGGGAUCAGCCCAAUUAUUACAGACACAUUGUAUCGACGCCUUUGUUGGACGAAGUGUUGAGAAAGAAUCAUAUCCUGUUCACCAAACACAUUGACAUAACGUCCUAUUCUGGCGGCGUGAGAGAGACGCAUAAUCCUCCCGGUCGUGCCUUGCCAAGCGUCGUUUGGGACUAUUAUCAGAAUCAGUGCUCCGUGAGGAUGCUGAAUCCUCAAACGUUUAUCCCCGCGAUACACGCGUUGAACUCUACCCUCCAGGAAUCCUUCGGCUGCUUCGUUGGCGCCAAUUUGUACCUCACGCCGCCCAACAGCCAAGGCUUCGCGCCCCAUUACGACGACGUCGAAGCAUUUAUAUUGCAGAUCGAGGGUCAGAAGAGGUGGAGGCUGUACAAGCCACUUAGCGCGAACGAAUAUUUGCCGAGGUACUCUUCUAAAAAUUUUGAUCAGUCGGAGAUCGGGGAGCCUAUACUGGACACAGUUGUCAAAGCUGGGGAUUUGUUGUACCUACCGCGGGGGACCAUCCACCAAGGAACGACUCUCGACGACACGCACAGCCUGCACGUCACAUUGAGCGUGUAUCAGAGGAACAGCUGGUUCGACCUGCUUGAGAAAGUGCUUCCGCAGGCUCUGAAGCGAGCCGCCGACAACGACCGACGUUUUCGUCAGGGGCUGCCUCUGGAUUACUUGACGUACGUCGGCGCCGCGUACGACGCCAGUGACCGCAAGGAUGCUUUUAAGAGUGACAUUAACAACUUGAUCGCUCUGCUACUGGAACACGUUGAUGUCGACAAUGCAGCCGAUCUGAUGGCAAAGAAUCACAUCCACGAUUUUCUACCGCCCUUUGUCUUUAAGAACGAACGCAAGUGCACGGUGGCGGAAGACGGCGAGAUUAUGACCACGAACGGGCUCGUCAAGAAUCGCGCGGAAAUAAUGCCUGAGACAAGGAUGCGAUUGUUAAGGCUGCAUUGUAUAAGGUUAAUACAAGAAGAUACGUAUAGGGUAUAUUAUUCUACCGAAAAUUCCAAAGAAUACCACGAAUAUGAGCCGCAAUUUGUAGACGUCGACGAAGAAUUUGUGCCUGCAAUUAAGCAACUGAUAGCAUCCUAUCCUGAUUUUAUAUCUGUAAAGGAACUGCCAAUAAAAGAUGACGACCGAAAGAUUCAAAUAGUGAAAGAUCUCUGGGAAAAGGGGUUGAUCUUAACGGAGAAUCCUCUGUGUUGAUUUACAAGUUAUUUUUUGUAAGAGAGGUAAGAAACCAAAAAAGCCGGGACUACAUAUAAAGCUGUUCGUACAAAUAUUUGAAACACAUGUUGCAUGUAGUUUAUUUGCUCCGAAAAUAAAUCUAAUUCUUCAUGGAACGGA